AGGGUUUCUCCCACAGCAGCGAUGCCAUAACCAAUGAGGAACUUCAGAGUAUCUCUGAGAUGAUCUACAAGGUAGAUAACAACAAAGCCCGCAAGGAAGACAUUGUCCUCAACAGUCAAAACCGCGUCUCCCCAUCAGAGACAGGAAACCAAGUGGAUCGCUGCCCAGAGCCGCUCUUCACUUAUGUCAACGAGCAGCUGUUCUCCAAGCCUACCUAUGCAGCUUUUAUCAACCUACUCAAUAAUUACCAGCGGGCCACAGGCCAUGGGGAGCACUUCAGUGCCCAACAGCUGGAGGAGCAGGCUGUCUUCCUCAGGGAGGUCAUGAAGACAGCUGUCAUGAAGGAGCUCUAUGGCUUUCUCCAUCAUCAAAACCGCUAUAGCUCUGAACAACAGUUCGUGGACGAUUUGAAGAACAUGUGGUUUGGGCUCUACUCAAGAGGCAGUGAAGAGAGGGAUUCGAGUGGCUUUGAACAUGUCUUCUCAGGCGAAGUGAAAAAGGGCAAGGUCACUGGCUUUCACAACUGGAUCCGCUUCUACCUGCAGGAGAAGGAGGGUCUGCUUGACUAUUACAGUCACAACUACGAUGGGCCUUGGGAUUCCUACCCAGAUGUCCUAGCUAUGCAGUUCAAUUGGGAUGGCUACUACAAGGAAGUGGGCUCAGCUUUCAUUGGCAGCAGCCCCGAGUUUGAGUUUGCCCUUUACUCCCUGUGCUUCAUCACCAGGCCAGGCAGAAAGUGCCACUUGAGCCUGGGUGGUUAUCCUUUGUCCAUCCAGACCUACACCUGGGAUAAGACCACCUAUGGAAAUGGCAAGAAGUACAUUGCCACAGCCUACAUAGUGUCUUCUACCCAAUAGAGCUUGCAUGCAGAUGGGUUAUGAGGGCAGAGGGUCAAGCUGGGUUCAGGUGCUAGUUGCUCUGUACUGGGGAGGGGAGGAAGGAGCCUGAGAAGAACCCCAAAGCCCAGUUUUAUGAAAGAGAUCUCAAAUCUAGAAAUGCCCAUGUGGGAGGAAAAAAAAUACAAUUAGGAAAAAAUGUAGAAAAUCAGCCAAAUCUUUGUCUUCUAUUUUAGCAACAUGAACUAGGAAAUAGAGGCCCUCUGCCUGGAAAAGGUAUCAGCCCUGGAGAGUUCUUUAAAGCAUAGUGGGGCCAUGAGCAAGUCCUUGGCCUCACAUUUCCCUAUAAUGUGAAGGGGAGGGGUCUUUCCCCUUUCCUGCUUGGGGUUUGGGGAGAAGGUGACUCAGACAGUAUUAUGACUGUGACGGCAUCUUUGGUUGUUCGUAAGAAGAACAGGGGGUAGAAAUUUGGGAUUUCCAAACAGCUGUCACUGCUCACAGCUCUGCAGCUGACUCAGCCUUGUGCUGGGCCCCAAGGAAGUGGGCCUUAGACCAAAGCAGAAGAGUCUUGGAGAAUCAAAUCUGUGACAGUGAAGUCAGGGGUUGGGCUGUAAGUGGGCUAGGGCAGGUGGCCCCUUGAUCCUAGAUGUCUGUGUGGCCACCUCAGCCACACACUUCUAGAAGUUUCCUGCUUGCAGAUGUUUAGUGCAGUUGCAGACAUGUUUUGAUCCCACAUAAUGCUUUGCUUUGCUUCGAAAGAAUACCCCUCACAGGAGGAAGACUGAACCUCAAAGGAACAAAGGAAACUAUAACUUGGUGUCACUGAAAAUUAUAUUAAUGUUUUUCCAGCUGCCAUAAUUCGAAACAUUCUAGACUUGUAGAAGAGGGACCCUGGGGUUCCUAUUUCAAUUUCUAUGAUGCCCCCCUGAUGCUCAGAAGCCAGAUGUGGCCCCACAGAGCCAGGCUUGUACCACAGCUUAGAGGCAUCGAGUUUCCAAUUAAAGUCA